GCUGGGGCAAUCAAGGAGGAUGGGGUAACCAAGGGGGUUAUGGGGGAUAUGGUGGAGGCUAUGGGGGAUAUGGACCAAAUGACUACUACGGCUACUACGGGGGCUGGGGAGGAUAUGACGGAUACAGUGGAUAUGGCGGAUAUGGGGGAGGAUACGGAGGUUAUCCACCAGGUUAUGACUACAGUAGUUGGUAUGGACAGCAGGGUUCUGAGGGACAGCAAAGUACUCAGGGCAGUGGAGAUCAAAAUUAUGACUAUGCAGCCUGGUAUGCGUCCCAAGGACAACAGCCUCCUCCAGCAACUCAGGAGCAGCAACAGACAGCUCCUCCAGGAGGACCCCCUCCCACCAGUCAGGCAGCAACUGGAGCAGGGUUUGGUAAGGCUCCACCCCCAGCAACCAAACCAGCAGCAGACUCACAGGCAGCAAGCUACCAUCCGUACCAACGAUGAGAUGCAGAUAGAGAUUCGAGAGGUGUUUUAGACUUUUAGCCCUUAAUGGGACCUCCAUUGUGGAGUUUUAGUUAACACUGGUCUCUGGACUAGUUCUUGGCCAUGGAAGCCACAUUCCAAUUUUUUCAAGUAAACAUCUACUUAACAAGUGAAUUUAAUAGGAUUAUGAACCAUACUUUAGACACAAACAAUUAUUGCAGUGUUGCAAAUUACGCAAGAUUCGUUCAGCUCUUUUAUGAACAUUUAAGAUUAUGAAAUAUGAUAAUAGCAAAUCACUGGACUCUGGAAUACAAAAGAUACAAUGGAAAUGGAAUAUUUUCAACAUGGGACAUUGAUAAAGUACUACAAGGUUUGUCACAUUGGAAUUAACAAAUACAACUUCAUAAAAUGUUGGUCAGUCCCUUAAUAUCCUUAUGUUAUGUGUAACCCCAUUUGGGGUCCUUCGAUACAAUAAAUACAAUUAAAUUCAAAUGAAUUUUCAAACUAAAUGAAACCACUUAUAGAGGCUAUAAUUAAUUGGCUUAAGAUUUUAUUUAAUUUCUGUUGUUGCAUUUGGAUCUCAAUUCAAGACUGUAUAUUUGACAUUUUGUAUAUAGAUCAAAUCUCACAUUUCACGAACAUUUAACAAAACUUGUGAAAUUUUAUGUGCUUGGAAAGUUGGCCAAAUAUUUCCUUAAGCUAUUGCAAUGUUCAUGUUAUAUAUGAAAUUCCCAAUUAUGUUAUAGCCCAUUUUUCUACAAAACACUAUGUGAUGUAUGUCUGUACAAAGUUUUAUGGUAUGAAGAUUAUGUAAUAAACUGAUAUAUAGACAGAA